GUAUGAGGAUGAGCCGCCGGAACCUGAAAUUGAGGAAGGUGCAGAGGUAGAGGAAGAUAACAAUGAUGAUGUUCCAGAUGAUAUUGUUGGUGUUGAAAAUGAAGAAAAGGACCAAGAACCAGUUGAGAAACCUAGGAAAACAUCCAAAUAUAUGACAAAGUAUGAGCGUGCAAGGAUAUUAGGCACACGUGCUCUUCAGAUCAGCAUGAAUGCUCCUGUAAUGGUUGAGCUUGAAGGUGAAACUGAUCCUCUGGAGAUUGCAAUGAAAGAGCUUCGGCAGCGCAAGAUACCCUUCACCAUUCGAAGGUAUCUUCCUGAUGGGAG